AUGAGGUUCUGGUCCACGCUGAUUCUUUCAUUAUCCGCCGUCUCCGGCGUGAUUGCCGCAAAACCUGUCACGGACACAUUCCAGAAAUACCAAUCGCUCUCUCGUUCAGGGCCUGUUUCGCUGAACGAUGCCGGCUUUGAGGAGCUCACCAAAGCCCCCCGCGAUUACUAUGCGGCGGUCAUCUUGACGGCCAUGGAUGUGCGCUUUGGCUGUGAAAUGUGUCGUCAAUUUGACCCUGAAUGGAGCCUUAUCGGAAAGAGCUGGAACAAAGGCGAAAAGCCCGAGGAUUUAAAGGUCAUCUUUGGAACCCUCGACUUUGACGAGGGCAAGGCAGUCUUCCAGAAGCUCAUGCUCCAAACUGCUCCCGUCAUGCUUCUUUUCCCUCCCACCACUGGGCCUUACGCCAAGGUGAACGCGGAACCCGUGCGAUAUGACUUCACUGGUCCCAUGAGCGCCGACCAGAUUUACACUUGGCUCAAGCGUCACCUGCCUGAAGGACCCAUGCCUCCAUUGAUCCGACCCGUGAACUAUAUGCGCAUCGUCUCGGCAGUGACGAUCUUGAUGGGCGCUGUCACACUCUUCACAGUACUCUCACCUUGGAUCCUGCCGAUCAUUCAGAAUCGCAAUCUUUGGGCUGCCAUCAGCUUGAUCGCAAUCUUGUUGUUCACUAGUGGCCAAAUGUUCAACCAUAUUCGCAAGGUCCCAUAUGUCACGGGAGAUGGAAAGGGUGGGGUGAGCUACUUUGCUGGUGGAUUCCAAAAUCAAUUCGGUCUGGAGACUCAAAUUGUGGCUGCGAUCUAUGCUGUUCUUUCCUUCGCCACUAUUGCCCUGGCUCUGAAGGUGCCGCGCAUGGAAGAUGUCAACGGCCAACAACUGGCUGUCAUGAUCUGGGCGGCUGUCCUCUUUGCAACCUACAGCUUCCUGAUCAGUGUCUUCAAGAUCAAGAACGGUGGCUACCCGUUCUGGCUUCCGCCCUUUUAA